CUCUGAUGGGUUGUGGGAGUGAGUUCCAGAGGGAGGGGGCAGCGACGGAGAAGGCUCUGUCCCCCACUUCUCUAAUCUCUUGAACAUGCCGGAGUAUGAUUUCUCCAUGGUCUUCAGGACCUGCUCCUUUUCGUUAAAAACUGCAGUGAGCUUCGUCUGGGCCACAGUGAGCUUCGUCUGGGCCACAGUGAGCUUCGCAAUAAUUUAUUCAGUAGAACAUAAAAACUUUACUAAGAAAACUAAAAUCAGAGCUGUCUAAAAUAUAAUCUCAGUAAAAAGAUAGUCUAAAACUAUUUUAAAAUACAAUUAAACGCAGUUAAAACAAUACAAAGAAUUCAAAUGUUAAAAGGGUUAAAAGUCUUUUCGAGCUUCGUCUGGGCCACAGUGAGCUUCCUCUGGGCCACAGUGAGCUUCCUCUGGGCCACAGUGAGCUUCGCAAUAAUUUAUUCAGUAGAACAUAAAAACAUACUACACUGUAAACAUUUUACCUCCCAACAACUCCUAACACAGCAUAAUCACAAUUGUUUCUGACUGUUCAGCAGCUUGAUUGACAGUGGAACAAAGGAAAACUUAUACCUGUUCAAUUUCCAGUUUGGUAAUCUAUACCUUCUGCCCGAGGGCAGCAACUCAAACUCUCUAUACAGGAUGUGUUUGGGGUCGCAUGUGAUUUUACGGCCUUGUUUUAUCACCAUCUCCUCAAAUAUCUCCCGAAGAGAGGAUGGUGGAAGCAUGCCAAUUAUUUUUCCAGCCCUUUUUAUCAAGCUCUGGAGUUGUGAUUUAGAUUUAACUGACAAGUUACCAAACCAUGUUGUGAUGCCAUAUCGAAUAAUAGACUCAAUUGCUGCCCUGUAGAACAUUAACAUGAUACAUUUAUCCACUCCAUGAACCCUGAGCCUACGCAGAAAAUGCAGGCGCUGGCUUAUCUUUGAGCAUACCUGAUCCACCUGAUGGGCCCAGCCUAACUGAGCAUCAAAAUAAAUCCCCAAAUAUUUAAAACGUGAAACCUGCUCAACUCCCUCCCUGUUGAUAAGGACUGGGCUGUGAUCACCUACUGACUUGGGGUCAAAGAUAAUUUCCUUUGUUUUUUAACAUUUAACACCAGGUUGUGCGCCUCACACCACUUCACGACCUCUUCAAUCUCAAGUUUAUAAAUAGAAAUGUCUGAGUCUCUAGUCAGUAGACUAAGUAUGGCUGUGUCAUCAGAAAACUUUAUAAUGUGGUUGUGCUGACUCCUACACUCAUUUGAGGAGAAGAGGAGAGCUAACGCAGCCUUGUGGUGCCCCUGUGCUUAUGACCUGUGCGUCAGAGAGGGUCGAGUUCACUUUCACCUGCUGCUGUCUUUCAGUUAGGAAGGAGUGAUACCAUCUGAUUAAGUAAGGAUUCACAUCCAUCUGUUUGAGCUUUUUUAACAUAAUUUGGGGAAGAAUAGUAUUAAAAGCUGAGCUAAAGUCCAUGAACAUUAAUCUAGCAUAAGCUGAAGGAUUUUCCAGGUGUUUUAAAAUAAAGUGAGUUGUAGAGGUCAGAGCAUCAUCUGUACCUCUACCAUCGCUAUACGCAAACUGGUAGGGGUCCAAGAGGUGUUGCACCUCAGUUCGCAAGUUCCCUACAAUAAUCCGUUCUAGUGACUUUAUAACUAUUGAGGUCAAAGCCACUGGUCUGAAGUCGUUGUUGUCAUGUGGGCAUGUUUUUUUUGCAACUGGUAUGAUGACAGCUUUCUUCCAUAUUUGAGGGAUACUUCCCAUGUCAGCAGAGAGCUGGAAUAAUGGACUCCAAGCAGGAGUGAGCUCAUCUGCAAACGUGUUCAGCAGGAGUGCCGAAAUACCGUCUGGCCCACUGGCCUUCUUAGUAUGCAGUUGUUUGAAAACCCUGGCCACAGCACUAUCAAUUAUUAUUCUUCUAUUGUGUAUUGGGUCGCAGGUUAAAGAGGUUGACAAGUUAUUACAUGCAUCAAUGUUAGAAGCAGAAUUAAUAUCAAAACGUUUGUAGAAGUUAAGUUAAUUUGCUUUGUUAAGCUCAUCCAGAACAUGCAUCUCCCUCUUGCCGGAGUUCAGAUUUGUAAUUUCUUUAACAGAGUCCCACAGUUCUUUCGAGUUCUUGGUUGAGAAAGCCUCUCGGGCACUCAGACUAUGUUGCUCUCGGGCUUCUUUAAGUUUCCCCUUUAGUUCUCUUUGAGCUGAUCUCAGUUGUAUUGCAUCGUUAUUUUGAAAAGCGAUAUUUCUUCGUCGGUGUCUCGGGGGCACGUCCGCGUGAUUUUGUGGUGUUGCCUGCGUGCAGGUCGCUCCAUAACUCCGCCGGGUUCCAGUGCGUAAUUACCCGCCGCAAGCCACAUGAAGACUAGGUGAGAUUAGUAAGAUUUUGGUUAGGCAGUGAGGGGGAAAUUCUCUGUUGGGUUUGUCUUUUGUCCAUGCGUGUUGGCAGGUUAAUACUUUGCUUUCUGAUUGGUUAUAGGUAGUAUAUUAUGGCUUCUUUGUCGGCGUUUGUGGAUGCGCCCUCAGUGUCUUUCUUAGACGAUUGCAAGAAGGCGCAGUUGGUCGAAAUAGCAGAGCAUUAUGAAAUUGCUGUUGUAGGGAGCAAACGGAAACAUGAGAUUAAAGCUGUCAUGUCAUCUUUGUUUGAGCAGGGAGUGUUGUUGAACGGGUGGUCUCACUGCCUGAUCUCCCUUAGUCUGUGUCAAAGGAGGAGGAAGACGAGGAGACUCUUCCUCACUCAGAGAUCCAGCAGGGAGAUCAGUUCACCUUCAGCAGCAUUGAAAGAGAAGAAUACGACAAACUGUUUGACUUUGUAAAUGCCAAGAAGCUCAACAUCAAGAGCAGAGGCUUCAAAGAGGGCAUGAAGGGUAAGAUCGACGAGUACAGCGACUUGGACGAAGACCAGCACAAUGCCUACCUGGAGGAGAAGAAGAAGGGGAAGAAAGAGAGGAAACCCCGCAAAGAGAGGAAGAGGAGGCCGAAGGAGGUUGGCGCGCCCAAGAGGCCGAUGAGCGCCUACAUGCUGUGGCUCAACGUCAGCCGAGAGAGAAUCAGGGCUGAGAACCCCGGCAUCUCCAUCACAGAGAUCUCCAAGAAGGCCGGAGAGAUGUGGAGGACGCUGAGCAAAGAGGACAAGGGGGAGUGGGACAUAAAGGCAGUGGAGUUAAGAAGGAGGAUGUUGGUUGGUCGUGGACCCCUUUGGGGCCCCGUCUUAAGGGGGGGGGGGCUGUGAUGCCCCUGUGGGUCCAUCAGUGGAGAGGGUGUGGCUGUCCUGUCUGUACUGCAUUGAUUGCACUGAUUGCAGGGAUGAGAAAAUACCUGAGAAGUUUUCUAAGCAGUCGAAGCUAGAUCUUCAGAAGAUUACUGACUUCAAGGUUAAAAGGUGCAUCAAGCCCAAUUACUUUGGCCAACAGGUCCAAGCACAACUACACCAUUUCUCGGAUGCAAGUGAGCAGUGAGCUACUUGAGAUUGGUGAUACUGUGAAACUGUGAUGAUUUAGAGGUCAAAAGAAAUGCUAUUGUCAACACAGUUAUGGUCACAGAAAAUCCUACAGGCAAGCUACUCAUGCAUUUCUCCAGCUGGAGAAAACUACAAGUUGCAGUAGCAUGGAUCCUGAAGUUCAAAGAAAGCUUGAAACAGCUCGUUCAAAGGAGAAAAUAGCUUAUUUCCACUUUAAAUGACUCCAACACCGAUGCUCAAAACAAAAGCAAUGUUGAGCAGAAAAUAGAAAACAUGAAGGCCACACUGGGUGGACAGACCAUUACUCUGGAAGAUCUUGAGAAGGCAGAAAACUCCAUCAUAUGCCAAACCCAAAGACAGUAUUUUCCAGAGGAAAUGACAGCACUGCAAACAACACAACGUGGUGUCAAAAGGUCAAGCAGUCUCUACAAGCUUGAUCCAGUGUUAAAGGAUGGAGUGCUAAGAGUGGGAGGACGCCUGAGGAGGGCAGCUAUGCCAGAAGAAACUAAGUUCCCUGUCAUACUGCCAAAAAACUGUCAUGUGUCAACUCUCAUAUUAAGGCACAUGCAUGAAAGAACUGGACAUGGAGGAAGAAACCACAUCCUCUCUGAAGUUAGGAAGAUGUAUUGGAUAAUCAAAGCCAACUCUGCUGUAAGAAAAAUAUUGGGAGAUUGUGUUUUGUGCAAACGACAAAGCCAAAAUUGGAGAGCAGAAGAUGGCUGACUUGCCACAGGAAAGGCUUGAGCCAGACAUGCCUCCAUUUACCAAUGUUGGUGUGGACUACUUUGGCCCUAUUCAAGUCAAAAGAGGACGUACCACAUUGAAGAGGUACGGAGUGCUGUUCACGUGCAUGACAAGCAGAGCUGUGCAUAUUGAGGUCGCCAACUCACUUGAUACAGACUCAUGUAUCGACGCUUUGAGAAGAUUCAUAUGCAGAAGAGGUCAAGUGAAACAUACAAGAUCUGACAAUGGGACCAAUUUUGUUGGAGC